CACAGACAGGAGAGCCCGCCAGUGUGCGGCACUAGCUGUGGAGAUUGAGGCUACAGUUAAUCUGCAGCUUGUGUUCUGCAUUCAGAUAAGUGUGCGUGUGUGUGUGUGUGUGUGUGUGUGUGUGUGUGCGUGCGCGCGCAGACACACUUUGGUGACUUGCACAGGAGGCGCAGCCAGUCGCGAGCUCAGGAGUUACACGAGCAGGAACGCGCGGAGCGCCUUCCCCGCGCUCGCAGCCGAGUAGCGCCUCUCGCUCCGCAGCAUCCGCAGCAUCCGCAGCAUCAGCAUCAUCAGCAGCGGCGCUCCGGCCACUGGCUGCACCUCUCCAGCCCAUCAGAGUGCACAGCGCACGUGGACAUUUAGCAGCUCCUUCCAGGCACGAUGGACACCUUUUUCCGUCGACACUUUAAAAAGAAGGAGGCUCAUGGCGCUGCUGCUGUGGCAGAACCUAGCUCCAGGCGACCCAGCGUGGCCCUUCCCACCAGCAAGGCUCGACGCCGGUCUAGCACGGGACUGCCUUCUUCCGCCCUCACAGAGCGCCGCCGCUCUAGUGUGCAUCUGCAGGGCGUCCUCCUGGACACUAGGGGUCAGUGUCGAGGUGGCAUCCGUCUAAAGGAUCGCCACGCGCGCCGUCGCUCCAGCACCACCACUCUUGGCUUGAACCCUAGAUUUGCUGUGCGGCCUCGGGGCAUAGGCAAAUUCCGCACCAUCGACACACACCUGCUGGGUUCCUCCAUACUGCUUGCCAGUUUGAUCCAGAUGACCAAGGAGGAAGAGAGCUGGGCUACACCUGGAGAGCGGCAAGUGGAGAUGCGGGGGACGGGGCAGCAGCGGGAUCUUUCCUGUUCAGACUCGGAGGAUGGUGACAGCCAGUGCUACAGCAGCGAAUCAGAGGUCCACGAGGUUGAGCAGACAGAGCUGGGCCGUGGGAGGGACUUGGAGGUAUCAGAUGAGGAGGCUGAGGACAGCCCCAUGUGGCAGGACCUAGAGAAAAGCCAGAGUCAACCCCGUUUGCGGCUGAGAGACGCCCUCCGCUGCCUACGCCGGAGCUCCUCACGCCCACCUCCAAAUGUCGGUGCCCACAGGAACAGCCGCCGCACCAGUCGGCGCUUUCGGCUCCGUGUCUCCUCCAUGUCUUGUGGUCGCCGGCCCAGCAGGGUUCUGCCAUGGCCCAGACACCCUUGCUGGGUCCACGCAAGGCGCUCGGCUCGCUGGAAUCGCUCGGCCCGCCGCAAGGCCUCUCCUCGAACCACGCGGAGCUCUUGUGGUGGCCCCCAGCUGGAAACACGGUGUGGGUGCUUCUCGAAAGCCAUUGCGAAAUCGGGCCUUCAGCACCUGCCAGCGCAGCCGAGCACCUUGCCCUUGGUGAAGAGCGACCCGGACCGGGAGAUCCGCAGCACCGUGGACUGGAGCGAGGGCGCCGUGUACGGAGAUCACGUCUGGUUCGAGACGAGCGUCUCCGGGGACUCGUGUUACGUGGGAGAGCAGAACUGCAUCGCCCGCACUCUGCAAAAAUCAACAAGCAGGAGGAAAUGUGGUGCCUGCAAGAUUGUGGUGCACAACAUCUGCAUGGACCAGCUGGAGAAGCUGUCCCACACUGAGGCAGAGAUCCCAGUAGACGCUCUGCUUGAGCAGCAAAUGAAAGCGCCGACCUUUCGAAUCAAUUUUCGGUGUAAGCCCUCAUUUAGAGAAACGGGGUCCAGGAAUGUUCGCGAGCCCAUGGUCGUGCGCCACCACUGGGUCCACAGGAGGCGCCAGGACGGCCGCUGUCGGCAGUGCGGGAAGGGAUUCCAGCAGAAGUUUGCAUUUCACAGCAAGGAAAUAGUGGCCAUCAGCUGCUCGUGGUGUAAGCAGGCGUAUCACAACAAGGUCACAUGCUUCAUGCUACAGCAGAUCGAAGAGACCUGUUCCCUAGGAGCUCACGCCGCCGUCAUCGUACCCCCCUCCUGGAUCAUUCGUGUCCGAAGGCCACAGACCUCACUCAAGUUGAGUAAGAAGAAGAAGCGGACUUCGUUCAAGCGCAAGUCCAGCAAGAAGGGAGCAGAAGAGUCUGGCUGGAAGCCCUUCAUAGUGAAGCCCAUUCCGUCGCAGCUCAUUAAGCCUCUGCUGGUGUUUGUCAACCCCAAGAGCGGGGGAAACCAGGGGGCAAAGAUAAUCCAGUCCUUCAUGUGGUACCUCAACCCUCGGCAAGUCUUCGACCUGACCCAAGGGGGACCCAAAGAGGGGUUAGAACUGUAUCGCAAAGUGCACAACCUGCGGAUUCUGGCUUGCGGCGGGGAUGGAACGGUGGGAUGGAUCCUUUCCAUGCUAGACCAGCUACGCUUGAACCCACAGCCUGCUGUGGCAGUCCUGCCCCUGGGAACUGGGAAUGACCUGGCAAGGACCCUCAACUGGGGAGGGGGGUACACAGAUGAGCCUGUGUCCAAAAUCCUGUCCCAUGUGGAGGAUGGGAACAUCGUCCAGCUGGACCGCUGGGACCUGGUGGUAGAGCCCAACCUGGAGGCCAGCCAAGAGGACAAGGAUGAGCAGCAGGCAGACAAGCUUCCCCUCGAUGUCUUCAACAACUACUUCAGCCUUGGCUUUGACGCUCACGUAACACUGGAGUUCCAUGAAUCCAGAGAGGCCAACCCAGAGAAAUUCAACAGCCGAUUCCGAAACAAGAUGUUCUAUGCGGGGACGGCCUUCUCGGAUUUCUUCACGGGCAGCUCCAAGGACUUGGCAAAACACAUCAAAGUUGUGUGCGACGGCACAGACCUCACCUCCAAAGUGCAGGACCUCAAGCUACAGUGCCUUGUUUUUCUCAACAUUCCCAGGUACUGUGCCGGCACAACGCCCUGGGGAAACCCCAGCGAGCGCAACGACUUUGAGCCGCAGAGGCACGAUGAUGGCUAUAUCGAAGUCAUCGGGUUCACCAUGACCUCUCUGGCGGCACUCCAAGUUGGGGGUCAUGGCGAGAGGCUCCACCAGUGCCGGGAGGUGACGCUCACCACCUACAAGUCCAUCCCCAUGCAGGUGGACGGAGAACCCUGCCGGCUGGCCCCCUCCAUCAUCCGCAUCUCCCUGAGGAACCAGGCCAACAUGGUGCAGAAGACCAAGAGGAGGACCUCCGUGCCCUUGCUCAACGACCAGCACCCGGUACCCGAGCAGCUCCAAAUCUGCGUCAGCCGCAUCAGCAUGCGUGACUAUGAGGCUUUGCAUUACGACAAGGAGAAGCUGAAGGAGGCCGCGAUCCCACUGGGCCACAUCGUUGUCCCGGGAGACAGCGACCUGGAGACGUGCCGAUCUCACAUCGAGAGGCUACAAGAGGAGGGGGACAAGUCAGAGUGUUCACAGAAGCUUUCCCCAAAAUGGUGCUUCUUGGACUGCACAACAGCGGAUCGAUUUUACAGGAUAGACCGAGCACAGGAGCAUUUGAACUAUGUGUCGGAGAUCUCUCAAGACAAGCUCUUCAUCCUGGACCCAGAGCUGGUUGUCAGAGAGACCGUGAGCACGUCUCCCGGGGUGCCUGAGCUGCUCGAUUCCACUGAAGAUCCUCCAGAUGGAUGCAGCCAAUUCACCUUCCCAGCAUCCUCGUCUCCAUCGGACUCUCUGUCCACCAGCUCCACACAGCGCAAGCGUAUUUCCAGCGACAGCUCCGUCACCGAGGAGAUGGCGGAUGGCGACUCCCAGAAGGCCGCGAAACCGACCCUCGAUCGGCUUGAAGGACCGACCUCGUGUACCGCAGCUAAAGUACCAGCAGAAAUCCUCACUGAAUGUGUGAAGAGUAAAGACCAUCAGAGGCUUAGGGAGCUUCAUGAGCAGGGGGAAGACCUGGAAGUGCAGGACUCCUGCGGGCAAACUUUAUUGCAUCACGCCGUGGACGUGGGCAGCAAGGAGAUCGUGAAGUACCUCAUUGACAACGUGCCCACCGAUUUCCUGGAUGUAGAAGAAAAAGAGAACGGGGAAACCGCCCUGCACAGAGCAGCCUCGCGGUGCCAGAGGACCAUCUGUCACUACCUGGUGGAGGGCGGAGCGUCGCUCAUGAAGACCGACCUGCAGGGAGAUACACCAAAACAUCGUGCGGAGAAAGCGAACGACCAGGAGCUGGCGGCCUACCUGGAGAACCGGCAGCACUACCAGAUGAUCCAGAGAGAGGACCAGGAGACAGCUGUCUGAACAGCAUGGCUGCAAACUCCAAGUCAUCUCCAACAAUACCAGAACGCAGAGUUAGGGAGCACAUUCCAGCUUUCCGUCAGGGCUCCGUGGCCAAGACUCCAUGGCCUUCGCGCCGCCAUCGGGGGACCCAACUGCGAUGCAAAGGAACCUGGUGGCCCUCAUCUUUCAUCAUUGCACUGCCAAAAUUGCAUAUUGUGUUUGUGCUCUGUAAGUAAAUGCAUGAACGAGGCGUCUCCCGUCCACGACGGGUUGAGGGCCACAGUUCAGAGUUUAUGGAGACUGAAUUUACCCCGCAAAGUUUAGGGCGAGAUAUCAGGACCGCUCGAGGAUAUUUGAAUGUCUGGGUUGGUGUUGCAGCCGAAACUCACAUAGCACCAUGUAACAUGUCCUGCAUAACGAAUCGUUGCUGUGAUGUACAAAGAGAACUGGAUCUCGAGGGGUUAUUUUUUUCGCAGGCGAUGAGAGUUAUGCCUUCAAAGGCCGGUUAACAAUAUAGCGAGAUAUGUAACUUCGAUGUGAAACAGAAUAGCGUGUGCCUCAAACAUUUCUGCGUGACUGCUAUGUUUAGAUUGUAAUUACAUUUUUUGUGUAAUUAGCUAAUCUGUUUACUCAAACUCGUUUGCUGUUUCGACCUUAUUAAUAAGGUAAAAGGGACAUUUUACACUGAAUUUUUUUUUUCUGUAACUGUACAAUUUGAAAAUUAAAGAAACCAAUGUUGUUCCAUAGAGAGAACUGUGGACUGUAUUAUUCAGAAACUGUCUGAACUGAAAGAAUUUUGCUGCUGAUGUUUGACUUUAGCUAAAAAAUGCGCUCUACUGUAAAUUUAUC